AAAAAAAAAAAGAAAAAAAAAGAAGAUCUCAUUCAUUUCUCCUCUCCCUCCCUCACGCCAGAGGAAGAAGAAGAAGACGAUCGUUUUCUUCUGAGAAGCAAAGAAGAUGAGGGAGAUCAUUAGCAUUCAUAUCGGUCAAGCUGGGAUCCAAGUUGGAAACUCUUGCUGGGAGCUUUAUUGCCUCGAACAUGGGAUCCAGCCCGAUGGUAUGAUGCCUAGUGAUUCAACGGUUGGUGUAGCACACGAUGCUUUCAACACGUUCUUCAGCGAGACAGGUGCUGGAAAGCAUGUACCUAGAGCUGUCUUUGUUGAUCUCGAGCCUACUGUUAUCGAUGAAGUCCGUACAGGAACUUACAGGCAGCUUUUCCAUCCAGAGCAGCUUAUCUCUGGUAAAGAAGAUGCUGCUAACAACUUCGCUAGAGGACAUUACACUGUUGGGAAGGAGAUUGUGGAUUUGUGUCUUGACCGAGUGAGGAAACUUGCGGAUAACUGUACUGGUUUGCAAGGGUUUUUAGUGUUUAAUGCUGUUGGUGGUGGAACUGGUUCUGGUUUGGGUUCUCUUUUGUUAGAACGUUUGUCUGUUGAUUAUGGAAAGAAGUCUAAACUUGGAUUCACCAUUUACCCUUCUCCUCAGGUUUCUACUGCUGUUGUAGAGCCUUACAACAGUGUUCUUUCAACGCAUUCCUUACUUGAACACACCGAUGUAGCUGUCCUUUUGGAUAACGAAGCUAUUUAUGAUAUUUGCCGCAGAUCACUAGAUAUCGAGAGGCCAACUUACACGAACCUAAACAGGUUGAUAUCUCAGAUCAUAUCAUCCUUGACAACAUCGUUGAGGUUUGACGGAGCCAUCAAUGUUGACAUCACUGAGUUCCAGACCAACCUUGUCCCCUAUCCUCGUAUCCAUUUCAUGUUGUCUUCUUAUGCUCCAGUCAUCUCAGCUGCAAAGGCUUACCAUGAACAGCUAUCAAUCCCUGAGAUCACUAAUGCAGUGUUUGAGCCAGCGAGCAUGAUGGCAAAGUGUGACCCAAGGCAUGGGAAAUACAUGGCUUGUUGUUUGAUGUACCGUGGAGAUGUUGUGCCUAAAGAUGUUAAUGCUGCUGUUGGUACUAUCAAGACUAAAAGGACUGUUCAGUUUGUUGACUGGUGUCCAACAGGGUUUAAAUGUGGAAUCAACUACCAACCUCCAACAGUUGUUCCUGGAGGUGACCUCGCCAAGGUCCAGAGAGCAGUUUGUAUGAUCAGCAACAACACAGCAGUUGCAGAGGUGUUCUCAAGGAUCGACCACAAGUUUGAUCUGAUGUAUGCAAAGAGGGCGUUUGUGCAUUGGUAUGUUGGUGAAGGAAUGGAGGAAGGUGAGUUCUCUGAGGCACGUGAGGACUUGGCGGCACUGGAGAAGGAUUAUGAAGAAGUGGGUGCUGAAGGUGGAGAUGACGAAGAAGAUGAAGGUGAAGAUUACUGACACCUUCUUCUAUCUCAAACAAUGUGUUUUUUUUUUUAUCUUUUUGUUUUUUUUUGCUUAAGAUUCUUGUCAACUACUUGUGUUUGUUUUUAAUCCUGUACAAUGUUCUUUAAACUUUCUCCACCUUGCUGUUUUUAAAAAAAAAAAAAAAAAUCUUUGGUUGAAUUCAUUGGUAGAGUGAGGAGCAUUGUGAGCUUCAGAGUUUCAUCAUCAAGCUUUUGUUGAACCAAAAACCUUUAUCAUUUACUCUACUGGAACUGUUCAUUUAUUUCUCCAAUUUAAAAUAUC